AUGCCUGACGGAACAAUCUCUUCACUCUCGCCGUCGUCUCCUCUCUCUAUAUCCAUACCGAGGUCGAAACAUAAGAAGAAGCGAACCCGCACAGGGUGCCUCAAUUGCCGUCGCAAGAAGCGCAAAUGCGAUGAGGCCCAUCCCGCGUGCGGCGGCUGCGCUCGGCGGAGAGAGGUGUGCCGAUGGGGCCUCAAGGUGACGUUUCGGGACGAAAACGCGCAGACCAUAUGUAGGGAUCACCCGUCUAUGAAAGCGCCGAAGAGGCGACCGAAGGGGUUCGAGAUCCUAGACGUCACGGAUGAAGUCAUUCGGGAGUAUCACAACCCAAUUGACUUCGAGGUGGACAGUGAGGAGGGGGAGUCACCGCGAUGCCAAGCCGUGCCGUCGCCUGUGAGGAGGAGGUACGAGGAACCAAGAGGCAAUCGACAGCUUUGCUUGCCGAUGGAGAGUGCAAAUCUUAGAAACCAGGAACCGACCGACUUGGCCGACUUUGGGGACUCCCCUUCGGCAGCCUCGCACAUUAUCACUGACAGCGCUGUCGCCAACCUCCUGCUCUUCAGCCAAGGUGGAGCGAAUGCGUCGCAUGACCUGGCAAGCUCCUUAUCACAGCACACCCAAUUUGACUCGUUGGAAAGGCUACCGGUGAACCCUAUUGUCCACGAGUCCCCGAGUCUCGAACACGUCUUUGAAUUCGGGGAACAGCUCUUCAGCCCUGAAGGGUCGUACGACGAUGGCAUCUUCCUGCCGGGAUCGGCUUACCAUGAGCUGCACUCGACCCUCAGGAACCACCUCAUCCAGGAGGUGAGGUCUAACGUUCCAACACGACCUGGAACCCCAACCCAAGGCGUUGAAAAUGUCUACAAAGAGCACUCCGUCAGGUCGGGCACAUCUUCAACAAACGACGAAGUUUUCAUCCAGAACGACCUAGCCUCGGACCAUGAGCCCCCGAGACUAUCCAAACAAGAGGAGAUUGUGCUAUGGAAGAACUGGUUCGAAGAGAUAUCGCCCUGGCUAGACAAGUUCGACAACCAGUGUAAUUUUCAAAACGUGCUGCCCACCAUAGCUCGCGAUCACGACCACUUGCGAUACUCCAUGCUCGCCCUGUCGGCUCGACAGCUCGAGCUCAAAGACUCCAACCGAGCCACAGACCGCAGUCUCGCCCUUUACCAGGAAGCCAUCCACCUGCUUCUCCCCCAGCUCUCGACCCGAACGACACCAGUCAUCGCGUCCUGCGUCGUCCUCUGUGUUCUUGAAAUACCCUCAUCCCCGCCUCCCGCUGGACCGGCUCCUCGCGCAGCGCCCUCAUCGUCCCUCGACGCCGACGUCGUCCUUCUUUCCGCUCGAUCCACGACGUUCGACAUGUGGGCCAACUACUCCGUCUACCUCGUCGCCCAGGUCCUCGAUCUCCUCGCACCCCUUGCCGCGGCUAAACCCGGGCGGCCUCUUCUUCGACGGGCCCCGCAGCGACGCCGGCUACCGCACGUCGUGGGCGCGCCUAUGGCGGCACGUCGAGGCCUGGCACGCCCUUCGCCCGCCCGCGAUGCACCACGUCCUCGCGACGCCGUCGACGCCCUCGGACCCGUUCCCGACCGUCCUCUACAGCAAUGCAGCCGCCGUGUCGGGCAACCAGCUGCACCACACGGCCGCGCUGCUGAUGCUGCAGAACCGCCCGCCGGGCCUGAGGCUCGCGCCGCGCCCGAGGUCGGCCCUCUGGCACGCGCGGCGGAUCUGCGGGAUCAGCAUGACGAACCACCACCACGGCGCGUGGACGAAUAG